UUAUUGCACGCUGCUCCAUCCUCUGACUGAUGGUGGUCGACUUGCGCAGCCGCGACGAGGAAAAGCAGCUGGCUCAGACACUCGCCGCCGCAGUCGCCUCGCGUGCAUUCGAGCAGUCUGCAUCGCCAACGAAAGCCAAGGUGCGGCGGCUGUUGCGGCGGCUGGCAGUCCGACAGGCCCAGCGGCGGAAUGGCGUCCGCGUGCUCAACCUCGACCAGAUGGUCUGCAACGCGAUCGAAUCGGUGAAGGCAUACCAGCUCGAGCGAGUGCCAGAUGUACACUCAUUGGAACAAGAUUCUACUCUGCUCGUCCAAGGCGCCAAAGAUGGGUCAAUCACACCAAGUGCGCCGAGUCGAGACGCUCGAGCCAAUCUGCUCCGAUUCCAGGUCCGAGCCACCCCUGCUGCUGCUGCUGCUGCUGCUGCUGCUGUUGCUCCUACUGCCGCUGCUGCUGCUGCUGACCGUCCCCAUGAGGCUUCUGCUGCGCCUCGUCGUGGACUGGGUGCCGACGUGGGAGGGCGCAAUUCCACUCCCCAGCAGACCGAGUCGUUUUUUGCCAACAAACCCUCAGCCACUUCCAACACAACUGCUGACCCUUUGUCGUCAAAUAUGCUCGAAAACCCGACCCAACAAGCACCCACAUCCGAAAUUGCAAAGCAGGGGACUAGAACCAUGGCGACUGCGAUGGAAAUCGACGCCUUCUUCCAGCUCGGCGACGACGGCGAAGCGCUCGACUCGCAGCUGCCAACGGAAGGCUGGCUUGAUAACAUUGACGAGAUUCUAUCUGCAGAUGUGUCAUCUCACGUCCAAGCUGUGCUUGCGGAGCCAUCAACAGUUGAUGACGACCCUCCUCGAUCGCGAUUCCUCGAGCGAUUUCAGCGGAUUAACGGUGCAGCCGCAGCGACAGCCUUCUUCCAAAUGAGUAUGACACUCAGAGAACGAAUGCAAGGCGUUUCGAACGCUCGCUUGCUGCUCCCAGUCCGAAGCCCCUUUUCAAACCUACAGCUCAAACCGUUCAUUCGGCGAGACUUUGAGUCGAAACCACCUCGAAUGCGACUACUAGAAGAAAUUCGUGCUGAAGGGCUCAGACGGUUUCCAGCCGAUUUCGAUUUAGCCGCAUCUUGCGCGCCGGCGCCUAUUGAUUACUGCUACGUUCGGCAGCGGCAUAUUGCGAGUGUCAACACAUUGGUGCGCUCGUUAUUCUGGCCUGGUAUUGACCUGACCGACGCCCUGCAAUUUCCAGACCACAGUGUUGUUGUGCUGUACAAGAAGCUUCUUAUCGGAUGCGCAUUUCUAGUGCCAGAUGUGAAACUCAAUGAAGCGUACGUUACGUUCGUUGCAACACACCCAGCAUGGCAGGGAGCCGGUAUUGGAGCGUAUAUGGUGGACCACUUGAUCAGGUCGUGCUCCGGUCGUGACAUUACUCUCCACGUGUCAACGACAAACAAAGCCAUGCUCCUGUAUCAAAAGUUUGGAUUUAAAGCCGAGCAAUUUGUCAUUGGGUUUUACGAUCGAUUCUAUCGCGACGACUCUGCCGAAAGCAAGAACGCCUUCUUCAUGCGUCUUCGGCGAUAGAAUUUUGUCAAUGUACAGUAAUUUAUCUUUGUAAUAUACAUCCAUUAACAAGUG